AUGCAUACGGACGGUAAAUUGGAUUCGUCGACAUAUAACGACGGUAGUUACACACCUGCAGAAGAUUUUGAUUCGAUUUAUCCGCCAAUUGAUAUCGAAGUACGAUAUUCGUCGCUGCCCAAUCAUUUCCUACUUUCAACCCCUACAUCCACACCUUCAUUACUUGAUCGAUCCCCGGAUAUACCCUUCGUCUCUCCACCGACUUCCCAGUGUUCUCUUUUCAUUCAAGGUUCGGUACCCGAAUUAGAAUUCUCUCAAGCCUCUCAAGUAUCCACGCAAUUACAAACACCUCCUUCUGCCUCCUCAAACAAGGCCCAUCGUUAUGCACAGCUUGAAGACCCAGACUAUCGCCUCUCCCCUUCUACUCCGUCUACUCGCAAAACCGAGUCUGCUAAUCGAUCAAUUUCACAAUUAUCGCUCACCCCGCCCGCUUCGAAUGCGACUAUCACCCUUCGAUCGCCCAUUGUUGUUCGUCAUGAGGAACCUAUCACUUCACCUGCGUCCAGACUUCAACAGCUUACACCUAGAAGGAGACAUAGAGAUGAACAGGAGACGGAAAAAGACAUACUAGACAUUAGCGCAGUGAAGGAAGAAUUGGAAAGUCCACUCAGGAAUUUAGGAUUGGGUACACCAAGAGGACAUCAUCGAGCUGAGUCAUUUCACUAUCUCGCCGAACCUGGUACCCCUCCUACUCAUUCACAUUCCCCACUCCCAUCGUCCACCCCAGGUCUGGAGAGCCCCUUUAGGAGAUUGGGAUUGGGUACACCUCGAGGUCGAGGUAGAACCCCACCUCCUUCUCCUCAACCUCGACCACCAUCCGUUUGUGAUUCAGAUGGAUCCUCACCCUCACCCUCGCCAUCGACCUCUCCCCUCAAGAAUAGAAUCAAAGCUCAAUUGCAUAUCCCUUCACCAGGGUGGAUACCAGAUACACCAACUCCCUAUCGAUUUUAUACUCCCGCUUCUACCUCACAUAAACCUACUUAUGAUCUCACACUACCCCGUCAACCGAUAUUUACACGUUCCCCUUCGAGAGAUAUCAAACCUACCUUACCUCCUACACCCCCUCAGAUAGGGUUAGAAAACAACGGUGGAGAUGGUGAAGUAUCGCUCAACUUCAUCUCGCACGUGUCGAUGGAUGGUGGCGUCCUCGCCGCCUUAAGAAGGUACAAAGAUCACGACCAGCGCCAAAUAGUCAAUAUGAGAGAGUGUGGUGGAUUGAACAUUUUCAUCAAUCCGCCCAAAAGAGGAGUUAAGAAGAGGGAGGAUGAUGCGGAAGUGACAGAGGCUGCAAAGAUAUUCAGGUCGUUUGAUGAGGAGUUUCGAAGAAAUUCUAUGGCUCAUGCGGCACACACAACGAAUCUAUUAUCUCCUGAUAUAGAUCUUCGAAAUCACUCCAAAGAAAGUAUAAUUACAGAAUUGGAAUUAGCUGGGGUACUAGGGAUCCCGACGCUGGUCAUCCAUCUAGGAUCCGAAGGGCACGACAUUGAUCCACAGGGAGAUAUAGUAGAUAGAGAUAGGCUGGACAUGCUCAUGGUUGAUUUGCAGGAUAUACUAAGUCGUACACAAGGAGUGGUAUUGGCGAUUGAAAAUACCGUCCACCCUUCUCCCAGCUCAUUGACGACCCUCCAAUCGCUUGCUCUACUCCUUGCCCUGAUGCCCCACCCACGCCUGAAAGUAUGUCUUGAUCUCGCGCAUGUCCAUAUAUCAGAGCUCGAUCUGAAUGAUCCGGAACGUCAGGAAGACCUGAUAGAAUUGUUAAAGAAGAUAGGUAAAGGCAGGAUCGCAGGUGUGCAUGUAGGUGGAGGAGGAAGUGAACAUGGUGGGAAAGGAGAUAGACAUGUUGGCGGUUCAUUCGAACUUUCAUCCCUCCGAUCAAUCCUCUUACAUCCAAUGUUUCAUUCCAUCCCUAUCUUGCUCGAAACACCACGGUAUCAUCGAUACCAUCGACGGCCUCGCAGCCAUUCAAGGACCGGGACUACGAUCAAAAGGAUUCCGUCCAGUAGGAUCGAAGAGCUGGAAGAAGAAAGAUCUAAAUCGGAAUCUACCUUCUUACAAUAUAUCGUUAAUUUACCUGAUACCGACUGGGAAGUAAAUCAAUAUAAGAUACUUAAAAGGUAUCAGAAAGAUAAGAAAAAGAUUGAGAAUAAGAUAUAUAAGAUACUUUGUAAGAGGAAGGACAGGGCGAGUGCCUUGUGGAAGAGAUUCGGUGAAGGGAGGAAGAGGGAAUUGAAGUGUUUGAGGAGAGUCCAAGGUGCAAAAAGGAGACGGAUGAGGGAUGAGGGAUGA